AUUCUCAGUUCCUCUGUGUGAUUGUCGUGUGUCCCUGCCUGCAGCAGCUCAGAGAGGAAGAGCUCGUCCAAUACAGUCUACGAGCAGGGCAGCAGGCUAUAGAGGAAAUUACAGACGGAACGGGAUUUUUUUUUUUGUAAUAGUCGACGUAUCUCAUUCAUUUAAAAGGGCAUGUUUACAGCAAGCACACCAUUUGCCUUUUUUAACGCGCUAAGAGAUGCUGAAGCAGGAUUGACUCGCUGCGUCGGUGAAAGGAGCUGUCCACCAUGAGGUGCUGAUCGGCGGCCUGGCAGAACGAUGGCGACGGGGAAGUGGCUUCUGUACACGGGUCUCUGUCUGUCUCUCGUCGCCUUGUGUUUCUUGACAAUUGCAAUCUCAUCGGAUCACUGGUACGAAACGGACGCGAGGAGAUACAAGGAACGUUGCCGAACUUUCUCGAACCGCAGGAGCGAUCCGGGUUUUAUAUACAUCCCCAACCACAGCCUUCCACUGCGAGCCAGCCGAGCGAACCUGGACCGAUGGGAAAACCGACUGCUUCUGACUAGAAACCGGCGUCAGCUGUUCGCGAUGAGCGCGGCGGAUGAGUGCAGCAGACGCUACAAUUCAACCAACAUGGGUCUGUGGAGCCAAUGCUACAGGGUGGGAUUUGACCCAGACAUCGAAGAGCUCAUUCACAAAGGAACUAUCGAGCGUUGCUCCUUUAUAAGGUACUUUUACUCCUCCCCUGCAGUGACUCGAAAGGAUCUUUCCUACAACAUCACCAAGACUAUCCAGCAAGAUGAUUGGCAUGCCCUGCAUUUGCGUCGGAUGACAGCUGGGUUCAUGGGCAUGGCCCUAUCCAUCAUUCUCUUUGGCUGGACCAUUGGCGUUUUGGGCUGUUGCUGGCAGCAAGGCCUCAUGCAUUACGUUGCUGGUCUACUCUUCCUAAUGGGAGGUACCUUCUGCAUCAUCUCUCUGUGCACCUGUGUGGCCGGCAUCAACUUCGAACUGUCUCGCUACCCACGUUAUCUGUUCAGCCUCCCGGAUGAUAUAAGCCAUGGUUACGGCUGGUCCAUGUUCAGUGCCUGGGGAGGGCUGGGACUGACCCUCAUAGCCGGGUUCUUCUGCACCCUGGCACCAUCGAUUCAGCCUCCUCCACCAUCCCGUACCUCCUGUCCUAAGUCUCGCAUGGAGAACGGAACGGUGUGCUAAAGCUUCACACGUUGUGACACUUGAUACAUUAACACAAACUUGUUUAUAGACUU